CUCAAUGUACAAGUCAUCUGCGACUCUGACAACCAUCUCUUGAACGUGGUCUCCCGCUUCCCAGGAGGUGCACAUGACCCUUAUAUUUUGCAGAACAGUUCUGUGGGAAUGCGCCUGGAACAAGGAGCUGCUGGAGCCGCAUGGCUCAUUGGAGAUCGGGGGUAUGCCCUUGCGCCCUGCCUAAUGACGCCACUAACAAACCCUCAGACGCACCAAGAGGCCUCUAAUAACCAGAGGCACGCACGCACCCGCUCCACCAUUGGUAUUCUGAAGGGACGCUGGAUGUGUUUGGACACAGCAGGUGGUAAGCUGCUUUACGAGCCAGAGAAGGUUUGCAGAAUAAUCAUGGCCUGUUGUGUGUUACACAACAUCGCUAUGAAGCGAGGUGUUCCACUGCCGCCACCACACCAGGAUGUGCGUCCUGACGCAUUGCUGGGACCAGACAACCGACUUUGCGUGGAAGUCAGACAACAAAUAAUUUCUCGUUUUUGAUUUGUUUUGUCCUUUAAAUACCACGAAUUAAACACAUGAAAUGACA